ACGUUCUUCAUGGGACUAACAAUUGCGACGUCUUUUGAGGACGUGCCCACAACGUUUCUGGGACGUUAGCCAAGAUUCUAAAAAAUUUAACUUUACCACGACGUCGCCAUAAAGUAAUGUCGCGCUGACCAAAGGACGACGAAUUGGCGACGUCCUCACAACGUUCUGUGUUUGCUGGGUACACACAUAUGUGUGUGCGUGUUGUAUAAAAUUCACAGUAUUUCUCCGUGGUGGGGAAAGUCGUGCACGAUACAUAAAUUCUGUUGGUGAAACGGGAGAGGAGGGUUGAAGUUAACUUCAUUUCCCAUAAGUCAACUUGAGACACAUUGCGACACGUACGUCAGGAGCGUAAGUUUUCAUUGGCGCUUGAGGACGUUUACGCAGUGCUCACAUAACAAGUCGACCCUCACGAGCACCACCAGGCAAGGACUUUCGCCAGAACAGAUUCUCAGGCAGCGGUGUUGAAAAUGGCAGUGGACUGGGCUGGAUAUGGGUACGCAGCACUAGUAGCAUCUGGAGGAGUCCUAGGAUACGUAAAAGCAGGCAGUGUCCCGUCCCUGGCAGCAGGGCUGCUCUUUGGUGGUUUGGCUGGUUUUGGUGCUUACCAGACAUCACAAGAUCCCAAAAAUAUUUGGGUGUCUUUAGCUGCAUCUGGGACACUUGCUGCUAUAAUGGGAAAGAGAUUCUAUACCUCGCGCAAAAUCAUUCCAGCUGGUCUUAUUGCUGGAGCAAGUGUGCUGAUGCUGGCAAAACUCGGAGCCGGAAUGCUACAGAAACCUCAGCAAUCAUGAUACCCAAACAGAAAUCACUGCUUUCAUUCAAACAAUUUUCUUUGAACAACAUGUCAUUAAAGCUCAUUGUCAUAUUUUGUAUAAAAUGUACAAUAAAAAUGUAGUUGUCAGGAGAAUUU